AUGGAUCUGAUCAUCGCUUCAAUUUUCUACAAUCAGCAUCAUAAUUCGGCUGAGAAAAAGUUGUCUUACACCGUUGCGGCCGUCCAAAUAUGUAGCUGGGUAUCGUACACUACCUCAAAUCUAGUUGGUCCUAGAGGGCGAGGCACUGGGCGAAGAGAUGAAGAAGACAGGGCCGAGAAACUGCAAGUUAAGAGACAUUUAGGAACCGAUAUCGUGAACCAGAUCCAGAGUUCGGGAGAAAGUGCGCUAGCACUACGGAGCUACUUUUGCGCGCCUUUCGCAAGUGGAAUUUCAGAGGACCAACUUCCUCUUAGCAAUCAAGACUCAGCGGGCCGAGUGGGAGGGUCGAAAGCCAGUGACAAGAAACCGCCCUACAUAUGGAUUCUUAGUGUUGCCACUUACCUGUGUUUGGACUUCAAUGCGCUCAGAACAGCAACAGAUUACUGGAACCAUAUCGCUAGGUCCGAGAGGGAUAAUGGAGAAGUGCUGGCGGUAGUUGCAGAUCUGGCUACAGACAAACGAAGAACUACGGUAAUCCCGCCUUUAUGGGCACGUGAUCGCGGAGGAUCCAGACUCUGCCAAAUGCUACCAAUGCAUGUUGAGAUGGAGUUCUUGGCUUGGCCAUGGGUUCCUUCCGGCAGGCUUGCACGUAGUCCUACUUGCUCCGAUGGCAAAUUCAAAGGUAGCAAUCAAGAUACCAAUAGUGCCGUCGAUGUGCCAACGGUCGACCUUUACGUGCCAAUUUAUGACCGUGUUCCUUUUCGAAUAGGUCUUAAGCUCGCACUGGAGCGGUUGGAACGGAUGAUUCGCAAAUUUUCUUUACUAACUGAAGCGUUAGAGGUUCAAACGUGCAAACUCAGCAUGAGAAUCACGCUCCAAUUAUCAAAGCUCCGUCUGCUUAUAAGGUGCACGCCAAUGAAGACGUACGAUAAUGGAGAUCACCAUAAUACUUUUGGACGUCUUCGAGGUCCUCCUCGUCCAUCUAUUUUACUAGGUCACGAAUUGGCGCUACGAGUUCAACCUUCCGUUGGUGGUCUAGAGACAACCUGGCAGAAAACUUAUGGGAACACUUUUCGUAUCGGCGGAUGCUUCGCUGUAGGUGCUUCUGUUGUCUUUGUUCAUUUCUCCUCCCUGAUUAUGCACAUCCUCCGUAUUUCCGGUUAUCGAUACCCAAAGGCGAAGGAUACCGUUCAUGUGUGGAAUAUGAUAGUGGGAAGAGGCAUUAUUGCUGCCGAUGGUACCAUUCACCAACAUCAACGGCGGAUACUCAAUCCGAUGUCUUCGCCAAGUCAACUGAAGCUAUACAUGCCCGUGUUUAGGGCUACCGCAACCGAGCUUUGUGAAAAGUUAGAUGCGCUUGUCAGCAAAGGCCCAAAGGAAAUCAACAUGUUGGAAUGGGCCGGCCUUGCUGCCUUAGAUAGCAUUGCUCUAAUUUCUUUCGGGGCCCGAUUAGGUGCACUUGAUGGCGACUCGUCGGAGAUGGCGGAUACAUCCAAAGUCUUUUUGUAUGCUUUCAUUUCAUGCAUGGAUCCGGAUAAGAUCUUGUCUAUCCACGAUAGAAUACCACGAAAAGAGGAUAGGAUCAUGCAUAACUUCAGAGAUGCGGCCAAACAGCUGGCACGUCAGGCAAUUGAGAACGUCGCUCGCGACGAUUCGAAGGAUCUUGGCACUAUCCUUGCCAGGGCCUCCGACGAAAAAAAGAUGGACAAGGAUGAGACAUUGUCACAGUCGGCGGCAAUCACUCUCGGAGGUGAAGAGCCUCCAAGCAAUGCAAUAGCCUGGGUACUUUACGAACUAAGUCGACGGCCUGAUCACCAAACCCUUGUAAGAGAGGAAAUCCGGAAAGGAUCCGGGGACUAUGAAUCCAUGCCGCUUCUAAAUGCUGCCAUCAACGAAACGUUCCGUCUGCAUCCCAUCUUGUACAACAUUUUGCGAUGUGCAACGGAAGACGAUAACGAGGUAUCGGUAGAGAAGGGGCAAAUGGUGAUGAUAUCAAUUUAUACAUACAAUCGACUCCCGAGUGUAUGGGGAAAUGACGUGGACGAAUGGAUGCCCGAGCGAUUCCUCAAAACGGAGGAGAAGAAUAGGUCCUCGGUUGGUCUCUACGCAAAUUUACUUACUUUCAGUGAUGGUGCACGCGGCUAUGGAAAUACGGACUGCUCGAUCCUGGCCGAGCUCUUGAAAUCAUUUGAGUUUCUUGACUCUGGCACGGAACUGUUCAAUGGUAUAGCAAUGAUGAUCCUGACGCCUCUUGUUAAAGGAAGAGAGCAGGAAGGGUCCCAGGCUCCUGUGAUCUCGAGGAAGUUGACUUCCUAG